AUGUCCGAACCAUGGCCGUCCCGUCAAGGUUUUGUCCUCCGAUUCUCAGCCCCCACAAUCCGAGACCCUCUUGAACGAGCGCCAAGUUCUCGUCGCCCUUUCUCUCCGUACACCCAAUACGGUACAUCCGAGAAAUCUCCCUCAGUGACCGACCUUGGUCGACUCGAAAUGCAUCACGUAGCGUAUCCAAAACCCCGGGUAGUACCAUGUCAUUUCCCUUCUUGGAAAACAAUUUUAUAUCCUUUGAGUCAUUACACAAGUGCUAUCGUACCACUUUUCGGUGGAUACAGCAUUACUCAGGGGAUCGUGUUGGUGGGAUAUGCGACCUUAAUCGGAAUUGCAAUGCUUAUGCAUUCUGACCCUGUUACUAUACCCAACCGUGCCGGCUGGAUCGCACUUUCUCAAUUUCCCGUCGCUCUUGCUCUGGGUAGCAAGGCCUCGAUCGUGGGUAUGUUUGUUGGUCGGGGUUACGAGCGACUGAAUUUCUUACACCGCUGGGUCGGUGUUCUCGUAUUCAUUGCCGUUCUCUUCCACUCCGUUGCAUACCUUGUUAUGUGGACCAAAGACGGUGAAGUCACCCAAAUGGUGAUCAGCACUGUGGGAUACACUGGCCUCAUCGCUCUUGGUGGUAUCUGUUUUCUCUCUUUGGGCGCGAUUCCUAGCUUCAGGAAGCGCUUUUAUUCACUCUUUUUGAAUAUGCACUUGAUCGGCCUCGUUAUUGUUGUCGUGGCGGUCCCAUAUCACGUACCAGUGUCUCUGCCUUAUUCACUCGCUUGUAUUGGAAUUUAUAUCUUCGAUGUGAUUCUCCGUCUUACCAAGUCUCAUUAUAUUGGCGCCACUCUCCACUAUAUCCCUGAACUUCAUUCCGUCCGAGUCGCGAUCCCCAACUUAAGGAUGGGCUGGCGAGCAGGCCAACACAUUCGGUUGAUGAUUCCAUCUUUUUCCAUGGGUUUGGCUCGCAUGAUAGAGACACAUCCGUUUACGAUUGCCAGUCCGAGCGACGACGACGAAGGGUUAGUCCUUUUAAUUAAGGAGGCGGGCGACUGGACAAAGAGCCUUGGGGCAUUGGCGAGGAACGGGAUGAGUGCCAAGUUUUCCGAAGGAGGGUUGGGUUGCGGGCGAGUGGCGAAUGUGGUAGUCCAGGGACCAUUCGGUGGAGUUGGUCAUACCGUAUUUUCGUCCUACUCUGCUGCGCUCUUCGUCUGUGGCGGAAGUGGAAUCUCGUUUGGGCUUGCAGCCGUUCAGGAAAUGGCGCAGGAUGCUUUUGAUAGGUCCUCAAGGGCGAGACUGGUCGAUCUCGUUUGGUCUGUUGGAGACCCGUCAACUAUCGUCCCGCUUCUUCCUACGUUCAAGAAACUGAUCGAACAGACGGGCGCGAUCGCAUCGUUCUCGUUACACAUUCAUAUCCACUAUACUCGCGCUUCUUCUUUCCAACCAUCGUUUGACGUUCCGGAACGGAUCAAAGUCGUGGGUGGGAGACCAGACUUACAAGACAUGUUGUAUGCAAGUAUAUCGUGCGCUUCUGCGUUGAAAACCCGAACUUUUGAAGGAGUCCACGGAGUUGUUAUGGUUGUUUGUGGGCCGAAGGGGUUGGCGGAGAGUGCAAGGAAGGCGGAGAGAAAGGUCGGGCUUGCGGUGAGGAAGGCGGUGGGUGGGGUGGAACUUGUUGAGGAAGCAUUCGGGAUGUGA